UAUAAACAAGAUAACUAAUUAAGGUCAUGUAUAAAUUAAAUUAUUAAAAUUAUUUUACAGUACAUAUACAAUGACAUGACAGUUAAGUAAGACUAUAGUUAUUGCAUUUUAAUGAUAGCUGAUUAAAGUAUGCACUCGUCAAUAAGUUAUUAUUUGAUUAAAAUAGAUAUAAUCCUUUAUACUGGAUAAUUCUAUAUAAUGGCACAGUUAAUCAAUUACUCUGCAUAUUGAGAAUUUAUAAUUAGGCACCUUAUACAAAUUUCCCAACUCAGCAUUUAUCAUUGGUAUUUUAGAACCUACAGUUAUAAACUGAAACCAGUUUAGAGGAUUACAGUAUUUUUAGAAGCUUAAUCCUUUGGAACAUGAUAUCCAUACAUAUAAAGAAGAAAUGUUUUAGAAUAUACAACGCAUUCAUGAAUUUAAAGAAAAAGUUACAUGUAAUAUAUUUAAAAAAACUACAAAAAAUAACAAAUUGAAACUAUGUAUUAAUUAUGUUACAUUUAUCAGUCAACUAAGUUUUACUCAUAUUAGUUUUUUGUUUGAUUAUUAGCCUUCUUACUCCUUAAGUAUUAAUAUCCAUUCUUUUUGAACUCAAAAUCAUGUUAAAAAUUGCUUACCUUAUCAGCUUUGUACAAAUUGAAUUCUGAUAGCUCUAAGAAUAAAGAAUACAUUAGCCUCACUGAUUCGACAAAGAGAAUACUGUAUGAGUGCUUAAGGAAUGAGAUUCUCUGGCUAGUUGUUCACAAUGCUUGCUGAUCGACUUUACUUCAACUUUUGUUUGUAUGUGGUUGCAGGCUUGUGCUUACCCAAUGGAACAGUAAGUCUCAAGUGGCCUAAGGUUUACUAUUCUUAUGUGGUUAUCUCUGAUGUGCUCAUAAUCUUGAAUCUAUUGACAUUAGCUGUUAAUUUGAUAUCCCCCAAUGUUUCACUGGCUAAUAGAUGCUAUAGUGGAUUUACAACUUUAGCUACAGCACUUUCAGUUACAAAGUUGUUAGCCAGCCAUAUUCACAAGGAAAAGCUUAGCAAAUAUUUCAAACUCUGGGAUGAUGUGAUUGAAAAAGAUGCAGAUUUAGAACUUAAGAAAGAACUUCUGAAAAAUGAGAAAGUUAUCAAGAGACUAUCUACGUGCCUGUUUGCUUUCAUGGUAGGCCCUAUGAUACCUUGGGGAGGACUUCCACUGUUCUGCAAGAUCAUUUCAUACUUGGUGCCUGUUCCCUUCAGUUUUAUUGCAAUUCCAGCCAAAUUUCCCUUUGAUCCUCUGGUGUCUCCUGGUUUUGAAUUUGCCACAAUUUUCCAAGGUAUGAUGGCUUUUUCAGUUAACGCAAAAAUUAUGGCAUUUGACUGCCUUAUUUAUGGUUUAAUCUCAUAUCAAAUUGUACAAUGCCGAUAUCUUAAAGAUUCUUUUAAAAACAUCACCGGCCUUGCUCAAAGAGAACUAAUAACUGGAAAACCCACAGGUCAAUAUUUAAGAGAACACAAACACAUGAAAAAUAUUCAGAAAAUUCAACUAAAUGAAUGGGUUGAAAAACAUUGCAGAUUAAUUGAGAUUUGCACCACCUUAAACCAGUUGUAUUCUCCUGUAUUUUUUGUUCAGUUUAUCUUUAGCAUUCUAAUCAUUUGCUCAAAUGCCUUUGUAGUAACAGCAGGAAAUGUUACUAAACUCGAACUUGUUUUUUCAUUUGCUUAUGUUAUUGGAACAACAGUUCAACUUUAUACAUUAUGCUGGAUGGGAGAAGAGCUCUCAAAACAGAGUACAACUUUGACUGAUGAUGGCUUCUGGCACAAGUGGUAUCUUUGUCCAUUAGAAGUACAGAGUAGCUUUCAGAUCAUCUUUGAGAGGACAAAAGUCCCCAUGAAAAUUUCAAUUUUUGGAACAAUCCAUUUGUCUAUUGAAACAUUCAAGACUAUUGUUGGAACAGCAUAUUCUUAUUUCAUGGUACUUAAUCGGAUCAAGAGAACAGUGUAACAAUUUUAAAAGUACUGUUUGGUCUGAAUAAAGGGAAAAAAUGAAUUCAUUCACAUUUAUUGUAAGCCUUUAAUAUAAAAAUAUUUAAUUUCAAAUGUGUCUAUUUUUAUAUUAUUUAAAAAAAAUGUAUUUUGAGUGCCAUGCAGCAAUAUACCAGGUGUCCCAAAAGUCUUCCCCCAUUGACUUUUGAACAGGAAUAUAUCAACCAACAAUUAAUAUUUUUAAUAAAUCACUAAAAAUCAAUUCUUUAAUUAAAAACUGUGAGGUUGAUUGUUAGCAAUGUUAAAAAAGUUUAA